AUUCAACAGGAGGCAAGUGGUGGAUGCGGAUGGAAACUUAUACUUCGUAUUUGCCAUCUUCACCAAAGUAGAGGCAUGCACUCAAAGCUAAAAUUCUAAAUGGGAUGCGUUCAGGCGACUGCGGUGGAGUCGAAGCUGACAGGUCUUUUUAUUCAAAGUUGAGAUAAUUUUUACUGGUGUAUUGCGGAUAGGUGCGUUGCGCGCGGUGGUGCAGCUAACUACUGUUUCUCUAAAGAUUUCAAGGACACAGCCUAAAAAAAGCACUCAAAGCUAAAAUUCUAAAUGGGAUGCGUUCAGGCGACUGCGGUGGAGUCGAAGCUGACAGGUCUUUUUAUUCAAAGUUGAGAUAAUUUUUACUGGUGUAUUGCGGAUAGGUGCGUUGCGCGCGGUGGUGCAGCUAACUACUGUUUCUCUAAAGAUUUCAAGGACACAGCCUAAAAAAAAAAAUUAUUCCACAGUAGGAAGUGACAAUUGAAGUCACAAUGGCAGCUGUGGCACUCAAUGGAUCGAACACAACAACGGGGAACUUUACGAAUCAGUUUGUUCAGCCGCCUUGGCAAGUUGCCCUGUGGUCGGUCGCCUACAGCUCCGUUUUGGCGGUGGCUGUGUUCGGAAACCUCAUCGUCAUAUGGAUAAUUCUCGCCCACAAACGAAUGCGGACAGUCACCAACUAUUUCCUUUUGAACUUGGCAUUUUCGGACGCAUCCAUGGCCGCCUUCAACACAUUAAUUAAUUUCAUAUAUGCUGCCCACGGAGACUGGUACUUCGGAGAGGCUUAUUGCAGGUUUCACAACUUUUUCCCCGUCACCUCCGUGUUCGCAAGCAUCUAUUCGAUGACUGCAAUUGCCGUUGAUAGGUACAUGGCCAUCAUCCACCCUCUGAAGCCACGGCUGUCGGCCACAGCCACCAAGGUGGUGAUCAUGUGUAUCUGGGCGCUGGCUGUGGUGCUGGCCUUCCCCCUCUGCUUCUACUCCACCAUCCGCAUCCUGCCCCGCCGGACCAUCUGCUAUGUGGCCUGGCCCCGCAAGGAGGACGACCCCUUCAUGUUUCAUAUCCUUGUGAUGCUACUGGUCUACCUACUGCCCCUAAUGGUAAUGGGCAUCACCUACACCAUCGUCGGGGUGACACUGUGGGGGGGGGAGAUCCCGGGGGAUUCAUCUGACAACUACCACGGCCAGCUCCGGGCCAAGAGGAAGGUGGUCAAGAUGAUGAUCAUUGUGGUGGUGACCUUCGCCCUCUGCUGGCUGCCGUACCACGUCUACUUCAUCGUGACGGGCCUCAACAAGGCUCUGAUGAGGUGGAAGUCCAUCCAGCAGGUCUACCUGUCAGUGAUGUGGCUGGCCAUGAGCUCCACCAUGUACAACCCCAUCAUCUACUGCUGCCUCAACAGCAGGUUCCGGGCUGGCUUCAAGCGGGCGUUCCGCUGGUGCCCCUUCGUCCAGGUGUCCAGCUAUGAUGAGCUGGAGCUGAGGGCCACCCGUCUCCACCCGGCCCGCCAGAGCAGCAUGUACACCCUGUCCCGCAUGGAUACCUCUGUGGUAGUGGUGUAUGACCCUGUAGACGGAACAAACAACCAGAACCAGGCCAGGAAGAAGAGCUACGUCAACCAGAGAAUGGAAAAUGGGCUUGGUUGCAAUGGGAACGGGGCCAAGGCUAAAGCAGGCUGCGCCCCCAAUGCUGAGGCUGAGGACUUCUCCUAAAGGAGGGCAUACUGGAUGCAGACACACACUGUCAGGCAUGAGCAAACACACAGGAAUGUGUGGGUAGACAUUGGGUAGACAUUGCAAACAUACAUACACGCUGUCCUUGUCAAUACACACACAUGCAAACACACACUUUUCAAAGAGUUCAGAGAACAUCGCUGGAAACACAUUUUAGAUGAGAAGCAGGAAUUAAUUGUCAAAUAUAACCAUCAGAUAGCAUAUUGUUGUUCGGUCUGUAAUACUAUGAAUAUCACUGAAGUGUACUGUAUAUAAAAACAUCCAUAAGAAAAAAAGAUUUACAAAAAAUGCCUGGCCAAGUAACAUCCUGAAUGCAAUGGCUACUGAGUGUUUAAAACAUGAUGAACACCUGCUCUUUCCAUGACAGACUGACCAGGUGAAUCCAGGUGAAAGAUAUGAUCCCUUAUUGAUCCACUUCAAUCAGUGUAGAUGAAGGGGAGGAGAAAGGUCAAAGAAGGAUUUUGCUGGGGGUUUUUCCACGCUCAACAUUUCCCGUGUGUAUCAAGAAUGGUCCGCCACCCAAACGACAUCCAGCCAACUUGACACAACCGUGGGAAGCAUUGGAGUCAACAUGGGCCACCAUCCCUGUAGAAUGCGUUCGACACCUAGAUUCCAUGCCCCGAUGAAUUGAGGCAAUUCAAUAUUAGGAAGGUGUUCUUGAUGUUUUGUACACUCAGCUCCAAAAGUAUUUGGCCAGUGAAAAUGUGUUUGCUGUUUUGGCUCUGUAUACCAGCACUUUGGAUUUUAAAUGAUAUGAGGUUAACGUGCAGAUUGUCAACUUUAAUUUGUUGGGUAUUUUCUACUAGCGUAGCCUAGUGGUUAGAGCGUUGGACUAGUAACCGGAAGGUUGCGAGUUCAAACCCCCGAGCUGACAAGGUACAAAUCUGUCGUUCUGCCCC